AUGCCCAGAGACGUGGCUCAAAAACCUCUGUCUCGAGACCACCUGUACCUGAGUCUAGAUCACUCGUAUCGCGAUUCAUCCUUGAGCCCGAGCCCAUGUAGCAGCCUUUCCUCUCGUAGCUGGUUCUCCGACGCAUCGUCCUGCGAAUCCAUCUCGCAUGUAUAUGAUGACGUGGAUUCAGAGCUAAAUGAAGCAGCGGCGCGUUUCACCCUGGGCUCGCCGCUCACCUCGCCCGGCUGCUCUCCACAGACUGGACCACAUGAGGAAGUGUGGCAACAGCAGCAUCAUCAUCACAUGGCCUUCACUCACUCCCUUUCUCAUUCGCCUGGCCAUUCUCUCUCGCCCCGCCAGUCGCCUUGCCACUCACCCCGUACCAGCAUCACAGAUGAGAACUGGCUGAGCCCUCGCUCACCCUCACGGCCCUCUUCACGUCCAACAUCGCCCUGCGGGAAGAGACGCCACUCCAGUGCUGAUAUAUGCUACCUGGGCUCUCUAUCACCCCAUCACUCCCCGACUGCCACGCCCGGCCCCUCGCCCAGGGGCAGCGUGACCGAAGACACCUGGAUAGGAAGCCCGUCUAUGGGUGUGUCCUCUUUCCAGUGUUGUCCCUCUGAGGCUGACAUCCCCUCCAAGACAAGAAAGACAUCCCAGGACUGUUCAGGAGCAAUCCAGUCAGGAAAGGGUGACCUGGUCAUGGAUGACUCUGGGAAUGUAUCUCCUUUGCUUGACUCACCUGCUGAGGAAGCCAUGCACGGAUUAAAGAAGGAUGGAUCUGGAGAGCAGUUUCUUUCUGUCCCAUCUCACUUCACAUGGAACAAACCCAAACCAGGACACACACCUAUUUUCAGGGCGUCAUCCCUGCCUCCCCUGGACUGGCCGUUGCCGAAUCAGUAUGGGCAGUACGAGCUAAAGAUCGAGGUUCACCCCAAAGCUCAUCACCGAGCUCAUUAUGAGACCGAAGGCAGCCGAGGGGCCGUCAAAGCCGCUUCUGGGGGACACCCUGUCGUCAAGCUCGCUGGCUACAAUGAGAAGCCGGUGAGCCUGCAGAUGUUCAUCGGGACAGCGGAUGACCGUUAUUUGAGGCCGCACGCAUUCUACCAGGUUCACCGCAUAACAGGAAAAACUGUCGCUACGGCAAGCCAGGAAAUUAUCAUCACCAGCACGAAGGUUCUCGAGAUUCCUCUCCUUCCUGAAAACAAUAUGUCUGCCAGUAUUGAUUGUGCUGGAAUCCUGAAGUUGAGGAACUCUGACAUUGAGCUGAGGAAGGGAGAAACUGAUAUUGGACGGAAAAACACUCGGGUCCGUGUGGUGUUCCGGGUUCACAUCCCACAACCCAAUGGAAAAGUGGUCUCGCUGCAGGCUGCUUCAAUUCCAGUGGAGUGCUCCCAGCGCUCUGCACAGGAGUUACCUCAGGUCGAGAAAGCCAGUAUUAGCAGUUGCCCGGUGAGUGGAGGAGAGGAAAUGGUCAUCAUUGGUUCCAACUUCUUCCCCGAGUCAAAGGUCAUUUUUCUGGAGAAAGGUCCUGAUGGACGACCGCAGUGGGAGGUGGAGGCAAAGAUCAUCAGAGAGAAGAGUCAAGGAUCUAGUAUCGUGGUGGAGGUGCCUCCUUAUCACAGUAAGACGGUCACUUCAGCAGUGCAGGUGCAGUUCUAUGUGUGCAAUGGCAAACGGAAAAGGAGCCAGUCACAGCGCUUUACCUAUCUGCCAGUUCUCUCUCUUCCUCUCUCCACCCUUCCAGUACGGGUCAAGCAGGAACAUAGAGAUGAUCUGGACUCCCCUGCUGUGCCGCCCAUGUCCAUGCCUCUGGUCCAUGCUGCCAGUUUGGUCUGUACUCAGCCGCUGUCCUCCCCAGAGCACUCCCACCCACCAGACCGCCUUCUGUCCAGCUCGCCACGUGGCCUGGCUGCAGGCCUGCACCCUCUCCAAGCCCCCUGCGCCCCAAUGGGCUCCCCAACUCUUCCCCACCUGCCCCACCUUCAGGCUCAAGGGCUGAAUGCACCUCCUGAAUGCCAGAUGCCCUUCCACCCAGGCCCUGCUGCCACUGCCAGGCUGUCUUACCCACCCAUACAACACAACAUGCCCUUCAACGGCCAAUGCAGUCUUCCUAUGACUGCAGGCUCCCCACAGGCAUACAAGCGAAUGCCCUUCCAGGCCGACCCGGCUGGGUGUCACACCCUGAGUUUGGGGAUGGUGUAUGGCCCGGCUUCUUCAACACCCACCUCUGGAGUGCCUCCGGGGCCUGGCUCCAGCCCCAACCAUGCAGCCUGUACGGGUAGCAACCAGGUCAUGGCCCACUCUUCCCCUCACCUUCACUCUCUCGGCUAUCACUGCCCCACUCCAGGGCAGGUCCCAUCACCCACCCACACGCUGGGACAGCCGGCCCCACAGUUCCAGCAUCCACUGGUUUACCAUCCAGCUGGGCAGCGGUCCGCCUCCUGCCCCACACCCUCCAGUGCUCCUGCUCAUAUGGUGCCAUCUCCCCACUCUGGGCCCUCGUCCCCCCAGCUCCAUUCCCUCCCCUACCACUCACCCACCUCCCCAUCUCCUACGUCCAAUAGCCCCCUGGGGUCCAUGGCACUCUCUGGACAGCCUUCUCCCCAGGCUAACAGCCCUGUCUUGGCUGGGUUGUCCCCUUCAGGUCCCUUGGUGCACCCUCUGACUCAACAGGGAGAGAGGCUGAACAUCAAACAGGAGCCAGAGGAUAGAGAGCCCACCUUCCGUACCAUCGGCCUGCAAGAUAUUACGCUUGAUGAUGUGAAUGAGAUCAUAGGCAGAGACAUGUCUCAGGCCCCAGAGGCUCAUGGGGGCUCGCCAGCUGCACACAGUCAAUCCUAGCCCACAACACACCCGUCAGACUCUCAGACAGUCUUCCCAGGACUCCAGAGCCGGGCAACGAGAUUCCACCCAAAGCCAGCGUCUGCCCCGAUAGUCCAAAAACAGCCCUUCCUAGUGUAGAUCCAGAAGCAAUUUGAGCGACAAUCAUUGCUUUCUCUAGAUUCACAAACACAGCUUUGGCUGUAAACGAUAACAGCCGGGAGAGUUGGGGUUAUAUACUGUACGCAUGCACACAAAAUCAGGUGUACUGUACAUAUACACAUACACAGGCGUGGUUGAGUGGGAGUAAACUUGGAUUUGUGGUGUUCUCCUGGAAGUGAAACCAAUAAUUCAGGGCUCUCUGACAGCAUGAUGUAUUAUUAUUUGUAGCUCGGAUUGGCUAGCUAUGCAGUCGAGCACCCUCAUCCCUGACCGGAAUAUGCAGUGCACAGCAGCAGUUCUACAGUCACUUUAGUGGGAUAGUUGAGGGGUGCUUGAAGCCUGAUAGAUGCCAAGUCACGCCUUCUUACCAGCGAAAUCUCCCGCCUUUUUCUCUGACAAUUCUCCCAGUGCUGCCCCCUAGUGGACGGGCUCUCGGGCGCUGCACUGAGUCUGUAGUAAUAACAUGCAACAUUCCACGUCUAGUGACCUUUCUGAGCUGUAGAUUAUCUGUUUAAUAAUUGGCCCAUUUCCUAUUCAGGUUGAACAAAUGCCUUAUGUAGUAGCUGUGAUUGUGAACAAGCUUUCUGCUAACAAUAUACGUAUAUAUUAGUUUGUUUUGUUGUUUUUUUUGAGGAGGAGGACGACGACACGGUUGAAUCCAGUGUGAGUAUUUUACACUUAGAAAGUAGCUGAGCUUCAUCUUUUGUUCUGGAGUGCUGUGAAUCGUGUUGAAUCUUACUUUCACUGUUCUUUGCUUUAAAAGUCAAAAGAAUUGUUCUCAGACUCUAAAGAUAGCAUACAUGUUUUGUAUAGUUGCAUGGGAAGAUGAACUCAUGACCGUAGACCAAAAGGUCUGGAGAUAAUAAAGCUCAUA